AUGGAUUUGGGAGGUGGGGUGGGUGAGAGCGAGAGAGACGGAGAGGGGGAGAGGGAGAGACUUUUGCACAGCUUGUCCAUCUUGUUAGUCCUGUGCCAGCUACAGCAUGCCUGUCUGCCUAUCUGUUGUUGUGUGGCUUCGUGUCUGAAUGCACGUCUCGCUCUGAUCUCUGGCUUCUCAUCUAGCAGCUCGCUCAGCGCCGCAACUGAGAGGACACAGCAGCCAGCCUUCACUCUGGAGGAAAAGGCCCCAGUCAAGUCCAGCGGGGGGGAUGGAGGAGGCGGGGAGGCUGGGUCCCUCAGCCCCGGCCCUGCUCCUCAGUCUCUGACCCCAGCAGAGAGUCCCUGGCAGAGCGAGAGCCUGCUGGCAGAGUCCUGGUCCACGAUGGGCGACGUGGACCCCGAGGACACCAAGAGCCUGGACAGCAAUGACGAGGUGGUUCUGGGCGGGGAGGAGAACCACUCCUCCAACUCUGACAUGGUCCACCUGGAGCGAGAGCAGGCUGAGAUGCUGGAGGAGGCAGAGAAGGAGGAGGGAGAGAGGAGAGCGGAGGAAGAGGAGGACGACGACGAAGAGCUGCAGACGAGUGUGCUGAGUGUUUUAGGAAGCGAGAGGGAGCUGGUAGAGCUCAGGGAGGAGGUGCAGGACCUCCGGGCCCCUGAAACUGAGGAGCUCCUGGUGUCAGUGGAGGAACCUCGCACGGAGAAGAAGCCUGCAGAGUUCAUGCAGGUGGUUCCCCCGAUGGCACUGCCUCCUCUGCCAAUCGUCAGGCUCGACCCCCCGUCCGCUACGUCCACCCCGGUCCCUUCAACCACGGCCACUGAAGCCGAGGAGCUUUACUCCACUCAGGGGCUCCACCCUCCUUCUAUCCUUGCACGCAUCACCGCUGAGCCUCCCUCACAGAGUGUCGAGCAACAGUUCUCACAGAUUCCCCUCUCGGAUGUGGAGGAACAUUCAGUCAAAGCGUCUCAAGCAGAACCGGAAAAGCCGGAGCCACCACAGCCGACUGCUCCCAAGACUCCCAAACCUCUGAGCUCCACCGAGCUGCUGUGUGGAGGCGCUGCUUUAGUCGCUGUUGUGGGAGUAGUGGCUUAUGGUGCUGUGGCCUACUGCAGGAAAUAGUCUCAUUUAACCCAGAAUUUUCAACACAAAUCUAUUCCAAAUGAAAAUAUUCCACUUCAACUCUCUGAAUUCAGGAUUUUACUCUCCGACACUCUUUGUAUUGUAGUGAUUAUUACACACAUUAAUUAGAUUUUUUUCGGAUUUGUGCUACCUCAGCUCACAGCGGAGCUCAUGGCCUUUGUUUUUCCGUGUACAACAGAUCUCCGAUCUUUUAAAAUGUAAACCUGGAAUGUAAAAUCACGUGAAGGAAUUUUAAAGAAUCCUGAAACUUGAAA